AUGAAUUUUCCAGUGUAUCUCAUCUUCCUGCUGUUUCACAACAUUAAUAAAUUAACUUCUUCACACAAAACUGAAAGAGAGUUUCUAGGGAAAAAGUUAGGAAAAUUACACGUGACGGAAUCCAACAGUUUACAUACCUUAAUAUUAAAUACAUCGUCACAGAAAUACCUGUCAUUACGUAUGAAGGGGAUUUUUGACCGAUACAUGUCGCCUUGGUAUUGCGUCCUCGGCACACCUGGCCGCCUUCCAGAUCCUGUAUCAGUUCACCACUCCCUCGCCAUUAUGAUCACUUGUGAAAUUGAAAAAGAGAAUAUUUGGUCAUUUAAGUCAUUUCGUCUCAUGGUCAAGGAGAUAUCGGAACUGACAGGGAUAGAUAUUGGACUAAGUCUCUCUUGCAGUGGAAAUGGCACUGUUUCUCUGCCAUGGCCAAUGCGAGCCAACAACGUACGUUAUUUGGUUGUGGAGGCUUGCUUCAUUGUAGACCAUUAUACAGAAGCUUAUGAAUAUAAAAUUGAUGAGAUGCCAGACACGAUUGAAUACUUUAAGAUGACAGAUUGUGUCAUUAUUAACGACAGGAACUAUUUCGAAUACCUAUUAAAAUCUAGCGCUUUCCUGCUGACGCGUGCUUCUCUGUGCGGGCCAGAAAACGCCAAGGUUUACGCAUACAUUAACAUCAUACAGACUUUUUACGGAUCGAAGUCUUUACCAUUGGAGGAAUUUGAUAACCUUGCAAAACUAUAUACGAAAAAUCUUACCGUUAUGGCGGCUAAUACGGUCAGUUGUCAGUAUAAGAAUUUGAUUGUGUAUGAUAGGAGUAGGAAUGGUAACUUGGGGGCAACAUUUUUUGAAAACUUCAUUGGCAAUUCUUACCCAAAUUUAGAGAUUCUGAAUUUCUCGAACACCGGUCUUCGUAAUAUUCCUCCAUAUUUCCGCCACUGGCGUUUGCAUUUUCCCAAACUGAAAAUUUUAGAUAUGAGCUACAAUCAUAUCAACGAUUUAAGUACAAUCAUCGACUUUGAUCCUGGAAGUGCGAACAAAGGUGUCAUAAAUUUACAGCACAACAAUCUGACAGGUUUAUCAAAUUAUCAACUGGAAGAUUUCUUUAGAAAACAUACAUCAUUUUAUCUAGAUAUGCGAAACAAUCCAUUUUCAUGCGGAUGUGAAAUGCUCGCAGCAAAAAAUGUUUUAUUGAACACCUCGAUACCAAUGCUAAAACAUAAACCUGGAUAUUCUUAUUUAAAAGGAUUAAAAUGUUCGAGUCCAAAAUUAGUGUCUGGACGAAAAUUGAUCACUUUGACGGAUGUGGAGUUGGGGUGUGAAACAGAAAUCAAAGUAUUCCAAAGUGGCCCCAUUAUAAUUCUAUGUGUUUUGGUCUUUCUUCUACUAGUAUGUCUGAUUAUAAUUAUCAGGUACAGAGUAGAAAUAAAAAUUCUAGCUUUUACUAGAUUUAAUAUUGUCUUUCCAUGCCAGCAGCAAGAUUUUUCUGAAAACAAAAAGUUCGACGCCUUCGUUGCCUACAGUCAACAUGACUCUGAGUGGGUUUUAAAAAAUUUGGUCUGGCAGUUGGAAACCAAACUUCAAAAGCAUGAACAGAAGUUCCAAUUGUGUCUCCAUCAAAGGGAUUUCACAGUAGGAGCGCCUAUUGCAGAAAAUAUCAUAGAUAGCAUAGAACGUAGCAGGCAUACUAUUCUUGUUAUAUCCACUAACUUUGUCAGAAGUGAAUGGUGCUUGAUGGAAUUCAGAACGGCUUUUCAUCAGAGUUUAAUAGAAAAAAGACGACACAUGAUACUUGUUGUUAUGGGGGAUUUGCCCCAUGGAGAAUUAGACAGUGACAUUAAGAGAUGUCUGAAGACUAUUACUUACCUAGAAACACAUGAUAGGUUGUUCUGGGACAAGCUGGUGUAUGCAUUGUCCGAUAAACAAAGAGUCAAGCGACGAAGUCGUGGGCACCGCGGUAUGACCUUGUCGCAAUCAAACUUUCUGAGUUCUCAAAAGUAUUAACAUUUUAUCCUUUUCUA